AUGUCGAAUAAAAAACAAAAGAAACGAGAAAAGAAAAUUUCUCGUAAAUCAAUUCAUUACAUUCAACUUCGAACACAUCGACAAUGGCCCAAUCAACUGAAUUAUAUGUCUCAUUUAGAAGUAUAUCAUUCGAAAAUCAAAUCGAUUACAUAUGAUAUUGAUCGUCUUUUAAAUAGCAAAUGGAUUUAUAUUCGACAACCACAAGUGAUUAAUCAAUUCAAUGAAAUUUAUCAACAAGAAAUUAAAAAUUAUUUUUUACAUAGAAUAAAUUUAUUUGAUUAUAAAUAUUCUUGUUUAAAUAAUCAAUUUGAUGAAAAUAAUAAAUUCAUACGAGAAAUUUUUAUUCGUUCAAUUGAAAUAACUGAUUAUCUAUUAUAUUUAUAUCAACAAAUAGAAAAUAGUGAACGUCAUAUUUAUGAAUAUCGUUUAAAUAUAUUAAAAUAUGAAUUCGAACAAGAACGAGAAUCUUUAAGACAUUUAUUUAUUGAUCAACACUUUUAUGAACUUGAUAAUCAAAUAAAUAUUUUAAAUGUUAUUGAACAAGAAGAUACUCUCAAACAAUAUAUUCAAUUUAAAUUUGAAAAACAACAAUUAAAAGAAAUAUUUGUGAAAGAUAUCACUAUGUUACAUGUUAAUUUUAAAACACAAAUUGCUUUUUUAAGAUUAACUAUAAAUAGAAUAAUCCAUUCAAAUGAACAACAAACGAACAUAACUUCCAAACAUUGUCAUUACUUACAUGAAAAAACACGUAAAGCAAAAGAACGUAUUAAUCAAGAAAUAAAAUCAAUUUAUAUUUUAAAAAGAAAAAUUAAAGAAACAAGAACUCGAAUUGAACAAAUUGAAGGCAAUAGAAAUCAUGUUAAUGAUAAACUUAAUCAACUUAAACAAUGUUCAGAUUAUCAUCAAAGUAAAUAG